AUGCGUGUCCAGCACGUCUUCAAAUUGGAGCAGGAGGAGUACAUGAAAGAACAGAUCCCAUGGACCCUCAUCGAUUUCCACGACAACCAGCCGUGCAUCGACCUGAUCGAGGCGCGACUGGGCGUGCUCGACCUUCUGGACGAGGAGUGCAAAGUCCCCAAAGGAACAGAUCAGAACUGGGCUCAGAAGCUGUACAGGCAACACGCCUCCAGCCCCCACUUUCAGAAACCUCGAAUGUCCAACUCUGCUUUCAUCAUCGUCCAUUUUGCUGAUAAGGUGAGUGACAGAGCAUGCAAAUUUGAGUGUUAUUAAUUUUUUUGAAAUAUA